GCAGGAAACUUCUCACCGAAUAGUCAUAUGAUCAUCACGGGAAAGGGCGAGUCCGACUUCGAUUUUGACGGAUCCGUGUUUCGAGUGGCAUAGUGGUUACAUUAUAAUAAACGAUCUUCCAAAAAUGAAGGGUUGUAUGUUCAAUAUCGAUGGAGGAUAUUUAGAGGGUCUUUGCCGUGGAUUUAAGUGCGGUAUUCUUCAACACAGUGACUACCUUAAUCUCGUACAGUGUGAGACACUUGAAGAUUUAAAAUUGCAUUUGGCGGGUACAGAUUAUGGUAGUUUCUUGGCCAAUGAACCAUCGCCACUAUCUGUCAGUGUAAUUGAUGACAAACUAAGGGAAAAACUUGUGGUAGAAUUUCAACAUAUGCGUAACCAUUCUGUUGAACCUUUAUCCCAAUUUUUAGAUUUCAUUACCUACAGCUACAUGAUCGAUAAUAUAAUUUUAUUGAUUACUGGUACUUUGCAUCAAAGACCAAUUUCAGAAUUAAUUCCUAAAUGCCAUCCUCUUGGCAGUUUUGUACAAAUGGAAGCCAUUCAUGUGGCAGCUACACCUGCUGAACUAUAUAAUGCAGUUUUGGUAGAUACUCCUUUAGCACCCUUCUUCGUGGAUUGUAUUUCUGAACAAGAUUUGGAUGAAAUGAACAUUGAAAUCAUUAGAAAUACCUUAUACAAAGCUUAUUUGGAAGCUUUUUACAAAUUUUGUAAAGACAUUGGUGGGACAACUGCAGAUACGAUGUGCGAAAUACUCGCGUUUGAAGCAGAUAGACGAGCAAUUAUUAUAACCAUCAACUCGUUUGGAACCGAGUUAGGAAAAGAUGAUAGAGCAAAAUUGUAUCCACGCUGUGGAAAAUUAAAUCCUGAUGGAUUAGCAGCAUUGGCAAGAGCUGAUGAUUACGAACAGGUCAAAGCUGUAGCAGAGUAUUAUACUGAAUAUAGCGCUUUAUUUGAAGGGGCGGGUAACAACCCUGGUGACAAGACGUUAGAAGAUAAAUUUUUUGAACACGAGGUGCGUUUAAACGUUCAUGCUUUCCUUCAACAAUUUCACUUUGGAGUAUUCUACAGUUACCUUAAGUUAAAGGAACAAGAAUGUCGUAAUAUCGUAUGGAUAGCAGAGUGUGUUGCACAAAAACAUCGUGCUAAAAUAGAUAACUACAUUCCAAUCUUUUAAUGCUUCCUAAUGUUUUGUUAAUUGUUUGUCUGACCACGCAACAAUAUCACACAGAAAAAUGAUUGUUUCUCUGUAUUUUUAUUUUUCAAUCAUGAAUAAUUAAUAGUUCUACAAUAUUUCUUAUUGUCAAGGAGAAACUGCCAAAUAAACACAAAAUAUAAUUAUUUAACGCAUAAUUAGAACAAAAUGGCAAUUAUAUAUCUAGCCAAAUCGGAAGGAUGAUAUUAAAAAUUAUUAUUUAGCACUGUUACUGUCAUAUAUAACAAGAGUUUAUAUCAUAUAGAUGUAUAUAAUGUAUUUUAUUGUAGACCAGUAUAUUUGUUGUGUCUUGUAUUA